AGGCGACCUCUCCCGCAACCCGGCUCUGCGCGAUAAGAGGGCGGCGGCUGGAGCCUCGGCUCGAAGGGGCGGGCGGAGGCUAUAAAAGCGGCGGCCCCUGCAGGACUCCCUGCUCCGCCACCUCCUGGGACUUACAGAGCAACUCGACCUCCUGCCUGCUGCCAAGAUGGGGCUGACUGCUGAGGAAUGCAAGCUGAUCAAGAACUGCUGGUCCAAACUGGCCCCCGAGCACGAGGAUCUAGGCGGCGAAGCGCUGACCAGGUAGGCUGGACGGGGCGGCCAAGGGAGAGAAGCCCAGUCUGGUUCCUCCCGCCCCGUCCCUUUUCCUGACGGCCCCCUUCCCUCCCCGCAGGCUUUUCCAGGUCUACAUGCAGUCCAAGAUCUACUUCUCGCACUUCGACCUGUGCCCCGGCUCCAACGACAUUCACCGCCACGGCCAGAAGGUCAUCAAGGCCCUCGACAGCGCCAUCAAGAGCAUUGACAACAUCCGCGGCUGCCUGUCCGAACUCAGCGACCUGCACGCCUACAACCUCCGCGUGGACCCCGUCAACUUCAAGGCAAGCGCGCCGACGGGGCGGACGAGGGCCGGGAGGGGCGCGCCUUGGGUCUUCCCUCGACCCUCCCCCACCUGGCCGACCCCCCACCUGACCCCCGUCUCUCUCUUUCUCUCCUUUGCAGUUUCUGACCAGGUGCCUCCACGUGACAAUGGCUUCCAGCCUCCGCGGAGAGUACAACGCCCUGGCCUACAAGGCCUUUGACAAGUUCCUCUGCCUGGUGGGCGAGGUGCUGACCGAGAAGUACAGAUAAGCCCCCCGCCGCCCGCCCCCUCGGAGCUGCCAUUUGGCUCUGGAUCUAGAGCGCUCCGCUUCCGCUGUGUUACUGAGCAAUAAAACGCAUGAACCACUCUCUG